AUUAAACACAUGAAUAGGCCUAUAUCAGGAAUCCGUUCACAAUGUGAAACUAAAUACCAGAUUCGAUACUAUUUUUAAAUAAUAGAAGAAACGCAAAUAUGAGCAUUGGAUGAACAAAUAUGGAUUUGUUUGAACAAGAAUCAAGAGUGUAUUGUAAUGAAAUCAGUAACAGCCAUCAUAUACCACCUUUGAAAUAUUUGUUUUUUACGCGAGACAGCAGUAAAUAAGCCUUUUCUGUUUGUCGAAUGUGCUGCACGCGCUCAUUGCGUAAAGCAGUGGUGGCUUCCCUUUUGUUCGUGGAGUUCCUGUAUUAUUUUCAUCACAAUGAAAUCGUUCUGAUUUUUGGGAUUACAGUUCGUCCCGGGUUUCCUUUAUUUGUUGUAAUUUAGUUUGGGACACUAGCCUGCUUAAAAAGCAUAUAGUUGUGCCGUGCGAUCAUGUGUUAGAUUUUUUUCAAUGCAAGCAGAAUGAACCAGGACUAGGACCCGCGGUGCAGUUAAUAAAUGGGAUGUCAAGUGGAGAAGUCUUGGACAUGUGAAGUGGGGGAAACGACUGUGUGUGGAUUCGAGGCCAACACGAAACGGAUAAUCCGUGGUGGCUAACGUUAUUCUUGUUGAAUAUUGACUAGUCUAUAGCAAGCGAACUCCCAUCGAGCGGUCUAACGUUAACUGCUUUUAUCAACAAGCAGUCCCCCUAGGAGAAACAGCACAACUGCUAUGUCAUUUUCAAAUGUUUUGUAAGAUAUUUGUGUCAACAAAUUUUUAAUUAUACUAUAUGUUAAUAGCUAGCUAAGUUAGCUGUCUUAGAAGAAAAGGGAAACGAAUAAUUUGGACCAACGACAAACGUACUGAACUCAUCUUAUUGGAUUUGGAGUAACUACAUCAUCUCUGAAGGUACCACCGUAAGGUCAUUUUGAAAAAUAAUGAUUCCACGUGUGUGAGAAACCCCAGUUGUCAAACUGGUUGAAGCCGCUGAAGCCUCUGUCCCAGCAGCAGUGUUGGUGCAAUGGGACUGGAUUUUGAUGUCAAGACCUUCUGCCACAACCUGCGGGCAACCAAGCCCCCGUACGAGUGCCCCGUGGAAAGCUGCCGCAAGGUUUACAAGAGCUACAGCGGCAUUGAAUAUCACCUGUACCACUACGACCAUGACAACCCACCCCCAGCUCAGGGCACCCCCCAGCGUAAACGAAAGGGCCGCCCACCCCGAGUUCAGGGGGGAGGAACAGAUGAUGGGGAUGGAGGUGGCGGCGGUGGAAAAGGUGGGGGCCUAGGGGGCGUUGCCAAGGGCAUGACCUCUGGAAGCCCGGAGCGCUCGGAGCGAUCUCACUCCCCUGGCCGGGAAACCAUGACUUAUGCUCAGGCCCAGCGAAUGGUGGAGCUCGAGAUCCAGGGGAAAAUCCAUCGCAUUAGCAUCUUUGAAAACUUGGAUGUGGUGUCAGAGGAUGAGAGCAGUGGGGAGGACCCUCCCUCGGGGGUGGGGGGUGGAGGUGGAGGCUGUAACGGAGGGGAAAGUGGGGGAGGUAGUGAGGCAGGCGGCAAUGGUAACAAGGACAGACCGGACACCCCUGCUACCAAUGGAGGCAAAGGCACCACCACACCAAAGUCGGGAAAGCACAAGAGCAAAGAGAAGAAGAAAGAAAGUGGAUCAGCUCACCAUCACACCCACAGCGCCCCUCCUGGACCUGCCAUCAAGCUGCCUGAGGUGGUGUUCCGUGAGCUGGACCAGGAGAGGCCAGACGCCCCUCCACGGCCUUCUUCUUAUUACAGGUACAUUGACAAAUCGGUGGAAGAGCUGGAUGAAGAGGUUGAGUACGACAUUGAUGAGGAAGACUACAUCUGGCUGGACAUCAUGAACGACAAGCGGCGUAGCGAUGGAGUGGCCCCCAUCCCCCAGAACGUCUUUGAAUACCUAAUGGAUAGACUGGAGAAAGAGUCCUACUUUGAGAGCCACAACAAGGCGGACCCCAGCUCUCUGAUCGACGAGGAUGCCGUGUGCUGCAUCUGCAACGACGGAGAAUGCCAGAACAGCAACGUCAUCCUCUUCUGCGACAUGUGCAACCUGGCGGUGCAUCAGGAGUGCUACGGCGUGCCCUACAUCCCCGAGGGCCAGUGGCUGUGCCGCCGCUGCCUGCAGUCGCCCUCGCGGGCUGUCGACUGCGCCCUCUGCCCCAACAAGGGCGGAGCCUUCAAGCAGACGGACGACGCUCGCUGGGCCCAUGUAGUGUGCGCCCUGUGGAUUCCAGAGGUCUGUUUCGCAAACACGGUGUUCCUGGAGCCCAUCGACAGUAUCGAGCACAUCCCCCCGGCACGCUGGAAGCUCACCUGCUACAUCUGCAAGCAGCGCGGCUCCGGGGCCUGCAUCCAGUGCCACAAAGCCAACUGCUACACGGCCUUCCAUGUGACCUGUGCCCAGCAGGCAGGGCUGUACAUGAAGAUGGAGCCGGUGAGGGAGACUGGUGCCAACGGGACCUCCUUCAGCGUGCGCAAAACGGCCUACUGCGACAUCCACACUCCGCCCGGCUCCAUGCGACCCAUGGGAGGCAUGGGCGGAGCCAGCCUGAACUCCUCCCACAGCGAGGGGGAGCCAGAGGAAGAGGACGAGCCGGGGCCCCAUGAUGAGGACUCCAAAGGGUGGAGCUCAGAGCGGGUGAAGCGGGCCAAGGCCAAGUCCCGCCUCAAAAUGAAGAGGGCCCGCAAGAUCUUAGCAGAGAAAAGGGCAGCGGCCCCUGUUGUGUCGGUGCCCUGCAUACCCCCACACAGGCUUAGCAAGAUCACCAGUCGCCUAACAGUCCAGAGAAAGAGCCAGUUCAUGCAGCGGCUGCACAGCUACUGGACCCUGAAGAGGCAGAGCCGUAAUGGAGUCCCUUUGCUACGCCGUUUGCAAACCCACCUGCAGUCGCAGCGCAAUGCAGAGCAAGUCCCCACUAGGGACAGCGAGGAGAAGCAUGCAGCCCUUAAGGAGCAGCUGAAGGCCUGGCAGAGGCUCCGGCACGAUCUGGAGAGAGCCAGGCUGCUGGUGGAGCUGAUCCGUAAGAGGGAAAAACUCAAGAGGGAGACGAUCAAGGUGCAGCAGCUGGCUCUGGAGAUGCAGCUGACGCCAUUCCUCAUCCUGCUGCGCAGCACCCUGGAGCAGCUGCAGGACAGAGACACCAGCCACUUCUUCACUGAGCCCGUCCCAUUGGCCGAGGUCCCAGACUACUUGGACCACAUUGAGCGGCCUAUGGACUUCCAGACCAUGUGGAACUGCCUGGAAUCCCACCGCUACCUCAGCUUUGAGGCAUUUGAAGCCGACUUUGGCCUUAUAGUGAACAACUGCCUCAAGUACAAUGCCAAGGACACAGUGUUCUACCGAGCUGCACUACGCCUUCGGGAGACAGGGGGCGCUGUGCUCCGGCAGGCCCGCCGCCAGGCCGAGAGAAUUGGCUUCGACUAUGACACGGGCAUGCAUCUGCCCCGGGAGCCCAGCACCGAGACGCCCCGCGAACGGGAAAGGGACAGGGACAGGGAGAGAGACAGAGAGAGGGACAGGGAGAGAGAGAGGCCACCAACCUCCACGGAGGAUGAUCUGUUUUUGCCAGAGAAUCGCCGGCGCCUCCCGCUGGAGGAGCAGCUGCGCGUGCUGCAGGCGCGCUUUGAUGAGGUCAGUGCAGGAAAGCACAGCAUUGGCCGGUCCCGGCGCGCCAAGGCCCUGCGCAAGGAGAUGACGGUCAUCAAGCGCAAGCUGGCGCACCAGCGCGAAGUGGGGAGCGCCCCUGGCACCCGUGACCCCGGAGGCAGCGGGGAGCGCGGGACCUCUGCGCCCCACCACCACCCGUCCUGCACCCCACGCCACGACGAGGGGGGAGAGAGCAGCAGCCAUGAGAUCAGCAGCAAAGACCUGAGUGCUUCCUCCUCUGCCCUUGCUCCGGAGGUGGGACGUAGAACCUCUGUACUCUUCUCCAAGAAGAACCCCAAAGCAGCUGGACCCCCCAAGAGGCCUGGCCGGCCCCCCAAGAACCGGGACGCUUCCCAGGGAGGUCCCGGUGUGAGCCCCAGUCCCAUCGGGCCCCCCCAGCUACCCCUCCUCUCCUCCCGGCAGAGAAAGAGACCCCGCAGCCCUCGAACCAGCUCCAGCUCCGAGAGCGACAGCGACAACGACGACCUCCUCCUGGGCCUCCCCAGUAACGGCUUUGACGGGGGCAGCCAGCCGGUGACGGAGAGCUUCCGCGUGUACCGCAACGAGCGCAGCCUGCCGCGCUCCAGCUCCGACUCGGAGUCCUCCACCACCAGCAGCAGCAGCGCCGCCUCGGACCGUACCAGCACCACUCCGUCCAAGCAGGGCCGGGGCAAGCCGUCCUUCUCCCGCUCCACCUUCCCGGAGGACAGCAGCGAGGAGACGUCGGGGACGGAGAACGAGUCCUACUCUGUGGGUGGGGGGCGAGGCGUGUCGCACAUGGUGCGGGGCCGGGGCAGGUCUGGGUGCUGGAUGAGCCCAGAAGACUACGCAUCACUGGAUGCACUAGAUCUGGUCUGGGCCAAGUGUCGAGGCUAUCCAUCAUACCCAGCUCUGAUCAUUGACCCCAAGAUGCCCCGUGAGGGGGUGUUUCACCGGGGCGUGCCCAUCCCUGUGCCCCCGGUUGAUGUGCUGAAGUUGGGGGAGCAAAUGACCCAAGAGGCCAGGGAACACCUCUUCUUGGUGCUUUUCUUCGACAACAAGAGGACCUGGCAGUGGCUGCCCCGAUCCAAGCUGGUCCCGCUGGGGGUGGAGCCGGAGCUGGACAAGGAGAAGAUGCUGGAGGGCCGGAAGUCCAACAUCCGCAAGUCGGUGCAGGUGGCCUACCACCGGGCCAUGCAGCACCGCAGCAAGGUGCAGGGGGAGCAGAGCAGCGACAGCAGCGACACGGACUGAGCGCGCACGCCUGCUGUCCACGCACGCGCACACACUGACACACGCACGCACACUCUCCCGCACGCGGCACAGCUGGCCUGGCACGGGAGGAACGGCCAGUCUGUCGCCUGUCGUGCUCUGAGCCUUCCGGCCCUUCGGCUUCAGCGUAAUCUGUAGUGCAAAGCUGUCCUCCUGGGGAAACGGGGCCAAAACGGGCGGUUGCAAGUAGAGGGCGAGCAAAUGAGUGUGUGCGCUCCACAGAAUCACAGAAAGAGAAGUACUUUGCGCUUGUUUACACAUUUAGCUGAUCUGUGUAAAUAUGUAUUUAAGGCUUGGAAGGAUGAGAAAGUAAUCAUAAUGCUAUACAAAAAUGAUCCUAAAAUCAUGAUUUCAAAACUUGCUUGCAAUGCAGGUUGACAUGCACCUGUGGGCGUGCAUGUGUGUCUGUCUGUCUGUCUGUUUGUCUGUCUGUGGUUGUUCCUUCAGCUGAAAUAUUGGCGCUAUGGUGCCUGGAUUGGCAAACACAGAUGAGUAGCGCUGGUGGGACUAACACACACACACACACACACACACCCCCGAACACAAAUACUCAUAUAACACACAGAAGCACACGCACAGCCUUGUUCCUGAGGUAUGCUGUACCAGUGGUCACAGCAUACAAGUCGUUACUCCAACUCCUGUCUGCACAACCCUCUUCAUAAUGGAGUGAACAACUACGUGACUGUACUACAAAGGAACACAGCUCUCAAUCUGAAUUCUAAUGUUUUGUGAUCACAAAUGUCUUCUCUUAUUUAUUUGUCUCUGUGAUUUCUGUGUCGGUGGAUUUCGGAGCCCCUAAAAAAACUUGCACUGUGGGGAUGUUUUGUUUUUUUGUUUUCAGUUUUGUUAUUUUGUUAAUAUUUUUCUCGGAUGAACCAGUGGUUUUUGAUGAAUAAUGUUAAAUCAUUUAACGUCGGUAUAGGAAUGCAAGGCUGCCCAGUCUUUGAAAGGACUUGAAAAGCAAUGGUCAGCCAGAGGGGUUUUAUUGUCAUCUGUCAUAGUUUCAGGCCAAUGGUAUUAGAACUUUUAUAUAUAAAUACAAAGUUAAAAAAGAUAGGACUUUAAUAAAAGAAUUGAGUUUUGUA